CAGCUGAUGAAAAGGACGCGACUUCGAACACGAUGGUGAUCAUGAUCAUCGGGGUCAUCCUACUCUUCGGAAUUAUUGCAGUAGUCACCCUCCUACUCCUCGUUGAGGACGUGUCGGAUUCCAGUCAAGACACGGAGGUCGAUUUCGGAGGUGAAGCAGGUGGCAGCACAAGCGGAAGUGGAGCAAGCGUACAAGUACCGAGUAGAGUAGGCGGAACCGGUGGCAACCGCCAGCCUGGAGGCGUUCUCGAUCCUCCUCCAGUCUCCGUCGUGCUGGUGACGCCGAGACCAAGGCCAUCAGGCGCCGAGGUGAUCUGCACGGUGGGCAGCUUCGCGCUCUUCGACUACAUGUACCCGCCGGACAAGCUCUGCAACUACCUGUUCUACACCGACGCCACCGUGGUCAAUGGCUCGCUGCACGGCGUCGAGGGAGACGCCAGCUGGAAGCAGUUCAAGGCGCACAUGAAGACCUACACCAUGACGGAAGGCGGGAUUAGCUUCGACGCCCGCUACUUGGACCCGCACAUGCUGCAGCACGUGCAACAGGAACUCGCCAAUCUCGCAGCGGACAACAUCAAACACUACGGCUUUCUCAAAGUAUUAGGACGACUUAACAGGAUCGAUGUGUACCUGCUUACCGCCAUACUUGCGCUUAAAAAAUUGAAGACUCAAGCCUCCGACGCCAGCAGAAGGCUUGUGCUGGCAAUCGGUUUUUACGAUUACAACGAGCCGAACGCCUGGGAGCGCUACGGCUCCGCGAUCAAAGAAGCCGUCGAAAAGACGGAGGCUGACACGGUCAUCGCGAUCAGUUCCACUGGCUGGAUAGAGAACCUACAGACGUGCCUCUCCGCUCCAACCUCGGUGUUCGACAGCAAGAGACUCACCGAUCCCCAGAGAACAGCUGCAAAGUCCUACCCCGACCUCAACACCCACGCAGACCUGGUCGACUCCAGGUACUCCAAGAGAACCACUAAGCUGGGUCUCUCUCUCGAGAUGGGCACGCUGGUGUACGUGCUGAAUGCAUACGAGACAGAUCUCGACAACAGGGCGUACCAACCGUGCAAAAACUUCUACCUCGCACAAUCAGACGUAAUGGGCUGUCGACAUUCGACAACCAGCACCUUGCUGCCAGGUGGCAUAAAAAUAGCCUCCCCAUUUACUGACGAGAAAAUACUGUUUAGCUGGGAGGACGAUGAGUCUUUCAAAGAUAAGUUGGACGCCCUCAGGAAGUCCGGCAAGCUUCGCGCAGGCUGGUCGUGGCUUCUUUACAACGUUCACCUCGGGGACUUCACCGGGAACUGCACGGCGGACCCUUUCGAGCGGGUCCGGUUCUUCAAGCAACGUCUGAAUGCGUCUGGCUGAGUCUUCGGAGCGUGAUGGUUGGACUUGUUUUUGGCGUGGACGGUUUCCAUCUGUUCGCUUGUGGAACAAUACAGACCGUGCCGGCGAAAGAAGCUUUGAGUCGUCUGUGAUGUGCUAGAUACAUGUUGUUACUGAAA